AUGGCACCUUCGAACAUGGAUUACCACAACGAGUCGGAAGUCAGUGAGAGCUACACCCACAAGAAGUUCAAGACAUCGUCCUAUACGCACAAAAAGUUUGGCAAGAAGAGCGGCAAGGAAGUGGCCCCCACACCGGUAGCCACGCCUCUUUUCCGGCCAUACGCCCUCAGCGAGAAUACGCCACGAAAGCGUCGCCAGGAGACGGAGCGGGAAAUGCAGCAGCAACAACAACAGCAGCAGUUUCACCAUCACUCCCUGCCUCCCACUCCGCCCACAACACCACCGCAGCAGCAGUACCAGCAAUAUCAUUCCGGCACACUUCCGGCUACACAAAUUCCAAUGACACAACUUCCGGCCGCCCAGCAUACCCACAUCACCCACUCACCGGUUUUCAAUCACCAGGCCUACGCCUACAUGCUGCAAAAGCAGCGGGCCGUGCUCCAGAUGCGCCAACUAUUGAGCAUCAAUCCGGAUGCCAACACCUGGCCACUGGAAUGGAAACAGGCCCUCCAGGCGCUGCUCCAAAAGUAAUCAUCGCGAUGGAGACUGACAAAGAAGUUGAAGAAAUUCUGAACGGAGUGAUUUGCCUAGCAACCAGUGAUAUAGACCUUUAAGAAACCGCUGACAGAUUGUACAAUAUGAACGGAAGCGCAGCCCUAGCACAUAAUUGUACAUAACUCUAAUAUUAGGCAAAAUAAAUAACUACUUAAUCAUACAUUUAAAGACUUGUUCUUGUUUUUGAAUAGUUUGCAAUGGAUCCUAAGGGGAAAGAUUAAUAGGUGCCUUGACUUUACAUUUUUUAAUGGAUUUAUUGACUCGAAGUCAACAG